GAGCUUAUAAGACUGAUGAUCAGUUGACCACCCACUUAACAGGGCCACCACCAUUUUGCAAGUGUCUCCAAAAGAUUUGUUUGAUAGGAUAUCUGGUACUGUGCGAAAUGAGAAAGACAGGGACAGCAAAUAAAGAUGGAGGGAUCAGAGGAAAGGUGAAAACGAUGUCGCAGAAGAGGCGGAGAAGUAAUACGAAAGAGGCAAUUCAAAACGCGGCUACUGCCAGUUCUAGUAGUGUUGGUAUAUUUGAUAAAGACAUAGUAUGUGAUAUACUAAGCAGACUCCCAGCUAAGUCCAUUGUGCGGUUCAAGUGCGUAUCGAAAUACUGGUGCACCUUAAUCCAAGAUCCAUACUUCAGUGAUUUACAUUUUACCAGAUCAAAAACAUGUAAGCGUCUUCUUUUCAUUGUUCCGCCCCUUAAAAGUCAGCCGAAAAACAGAACUGCUGUCACCAAUUACAAAGAGUAUCCAGUGUGUUUCAAAACUGCGGACUUACUGUCUGAAGGUAAAGGCAGAGUUUUAUCAACCAUUCACACGAUAAGGAGAUCGAAAUCUUUCCAGUGUAGUGAAAUACUUGGAGCUGUUAAUGGUUUGAUUUGUUUCAUUGAAGAUUCCGAGGACGCUGCUUGCAUAUUCAAUAUUAGCACUAGAGAGGUAACACCAUGGAUUAUCUCAACAUUACGAGAUGAUGCUGAAUAUUUUCCUUUUGCUCAUGGUUUAGGGUUCGAUCCUGCCACUAACCAAUACAAAGUCAUAUGCAUUUGGGAAGCGGUAAAAGAAGAGGGUGGCCAUACCAUUUUCGGUCCCAUCGUGUGUGAGGUCUUGACUUUAGGUGACAAUUCAUGGAGAAGGAUUGAUGAGGUACCAUCUUUACCUUUUCGAUAUCGACUCGCAUCACCUUCUGUUUAUGUGAAUGGUUCAAUAUAUUGGUUGCCUGACAUGAUUGAGAGUGACAAUAUGAAAGAUGGUGAUAUUAUGUUUAUAUUGGCAAUUGAUGUUGGAAGUCAGAAGUUCAGGAAGAUUCGAAUUCCUAAGUUCAUUGUUGAUCAGUGUUUCCAUUGUCAUUAUGGUUCUUUAUUCGAGCAACGUGGUCGUCUGUCAGAAGUGAAUGGGUGUUUAGCUAUAUCACGCAGCAUUCGUGCAUCCGCUGUCAAGCUCUGGAUACAUGAUGACAAUCAUCGUACAUCUACGGAGACUGGUAAUGAAAACUGGACUGAACACACUCUUACCUUAUCUAGUUCUGUGGGUACAAAUCCAGUUCAAGCUCUUUACUGUGAUUCCAUUGCGGGUACCAACCAAUUGAUCCUAGAAAUUCAUCAAACAAAAUCCAACUGCGAUAUAAAGUAUGUCUCUUUAUUCUUAUGAUUGGAAUAACAAGUCAUUCACGAAAAUGAAGAUCAUCGGAGUUCCCUUCUCAGUUCCUGAAUAUUUCUCUUCUAUAGUAUGUACGUCAUUUAGCGAAAGCCUAUUUUCCUUUGCAGAAGCAGAAAAGAAGAGCUGCAGUCGACUUUCAACAGAAAGUGAUCAGUAGGAGGCCUGUGGCAAGGAAAAGCAACACUGCACUCGACUUUUCUCUGUAGUUUUUCUUAGGUGACUGGUUUAGUAGGAUAGCC